AUGUUAGCAGGCUGUUAUACAAAGCGUUUAGUAGCAAAUUAUUGGAUAUUUUUAAAUCGAUGGGUGUCAACAGCUCAAGACAAUAUUACUUAUCGUAUGGGUUUGGAUGCAUCUGGAAGUCAUGCGACACAAACUGCACUGAUCCUUAAUGAUACUGAUAGAGUAACUUAUAGAGAUCUGUCAAAAAAAGUUGGUUCGAUGGUGGCACUUCUACAUAACACAUUUGGACUCUGUCAUGGCGACAGAGUACUGAGUCGUGUUGAGAAAUCGAUCGAUAGUUUGGUGCUUUAUUUGGCAACAAUACGACUUGGGGCUGUUUAUGUACCUUUAAAUCCAAACUUUAAACUAGCAGAAACUAUCCAUUUUGUUAAAGACAGUGAUCCUUAUUUAUUUGUUACUUCUAAUAUCAAACAAGAUGAGAUUUUUGCAAAUAAAGUUGAACAUGUCAUGGAUUCCACUGCUUUGUUCGAGGAAAGUCGCCAGAUGGAACCCGACUAUGGUGUGGAAUGCGUAAAACCUGAUGAUACUGCAUGUAUUUGCUAUACUUCAGGAACUACAGGUUUACCAAAAGGCGCUAUGAUAAGUCAUGGUGGUCUUAUAUGGAAUGCAGAAACACUAGUAUAUUUGUGGAAAUUUUCACAGAAAGAUGUGCUGCUCCAUAUGCUUCCUUUUGAUCAUAUACAUGGGAUGUUCAUAAGUCUCAAUUGCACCCUGUUCACGAAAUCUAGUGUCAUUUUCAGGCCGAAAUUCGAUGUGAACGAUGCUUUGGAUUGGUUACCUCGAUGUACAGUCAUGAUGGGUGUCCCGACAUAUUACAGUCGUUUGAUGCAAAAAUCCAGUUUCGAUAAAGAUCUGACAAAAAAUAUUCGCUUAUUUAUAAGUGGAAGUGCACCUUUAUCUACAGUGUUGUGGGAAGAUUUCAAACAACGAACUGGACAUGAAAUAUUGGAACGUUAUGGCAUGACCGAAGCAGCUGUAAUUACAACUAAUCCAUACAAUGAUCGCAGAAAAGGAUCUGUUGGAAAAAUUUUACCGGGUGGCAAUAUUCGUACAACCGAAACUGGUUUAGUGCAGAUUCGCCUUCCGAGCUUGUUUUCGGGAUACUGGAAAAAAGACAACAAAACACAAAAAGUUUUCACUGAAGAUGGCUUUUUCAAUACUGGCGAUAUCGGUAAAAUUGAUGAAGAUGGUUUUUUAUGGAUACAAGGUCGCGAAAAAGACUUGAUUAUAAGUGGCGGAUUAAAUGUUUACCCGAAGGAAGUGGAAGAUGCUAUAGAUUCUUUACCGUAUGUAUUGGAAUCAGCUGUAAUAGGUAUCCCACAUCAUGAUUUGGGUGAAGCAGUGUUGGCUGUUUAUGUACCGGAAUUAGGUAGUCAUGCAUUUCUGCAUGAAUCUGAAGCAAUUCGUAUUCUUCGUACAAAACUUGCUAACUAUAAAGUACCAAAGCGUUUUCUCUGUCUUGAUCAGUUGCCACGAAAUGCGAUGGGAAAAGUACAAAAGAAUAUUCUCAAAGAACGAUAUUACAGUUUAUUUUGCGCUCAAUAA